CGCCACUAUAUCCCAACGCAAACCCUAAACCUAAAUUUAUUGCCCUCUUCCCUGGCUCAUACUCCGCCUCUCCCCACACAGCACACACACUCACUAACGUAUCGUAGAAAAUGCCGUUCAAGAGGUACGUCGAGAUCGGAAGGGUGGCCCUUGUCAACUACGGCAAGGAAUAUGGCAAGCUUGUCGUUAUCGUCGACGUUAUCGACCAGAACAGGGCUCUUGUGGAUGCCCCUGACAUGGUACGGAGCCAGAUGAACUUCAAGAGGCUUUCUCUUACAGACAUCAAGAUUGACAUCAAAAGAGUUCCAAAGAAGAAGACUCUGAUAGCUGCUAUGGAGGCUGCUGAUGUCAAGGGAAAAUGGGAAAAGAGCUCCUGGGGUAGGAAGCUGAUUGUUCAGAAGAGAAGGGCCUCCCUUAAUGAUUUUGACCGGUUCAAACUGAUGCUGGCAAAGAUCAAGAGGGCUGGUGUUGUUCGGCAGGAGCUUGCUAAGCUUAAGAAAGAAACUGCUGCCUGAGUAGUAUAGUUUCUGGAUUUUACAAUUUUGGUGUAGGUUUUUGGAAGUUGUAUUGUUUACUAUGCAGACUUCCUUGUUCCUGAAUUCAUUACAGAAGGGAAAGUACUUCAAUUUUUGCAUAUUACCAGUUGAACUUGUUUGAGAAUCACUGUGCUCUAUAACUGUUAUUAAAAUUCAGUCUUAGUUUGGUUCUAA